ACCAAUCUCUCUGACUUUCUGCAGCUACAUCCAAACAUAUAUAAGUGUCUCUGAGCUCAGGUGGAGAACUUUCCAGGAGCACCUCUCACCGAGACGUUGGAGAAGCUUCAAAAUCCACAAACCUUCAAAGUGAUUCACACAGAAAACAGCUGAAACAUGAGUUCUACACAGACUUUGGAGUCCAAACUGAAGGCCUUGCAGUGCCAUUUCACCUGGGAUCUAGAACCCAACAUGUCCAAACUUGCCUAUCUCAGUGGCACACUAGAAGAUAUCAGCACAGAUGAGGGAAACUUCUGGCUGGGUCACAUUUACAACCUGCAGGGGUUCAUCCAGUACAAGCUGGGCUCCACUGAAGAGGCCCUGAAGCUCUUCAACAAGGCCACUGAAACCUUUCAGGAAAUGAAAAAUACUGAUGAAGGUCCCUGGUUGAUGGUGAACUUUGGGAAUCUGGCUUGGCUUCACCUUCAUCUGGGUACAGAUGAGAAGAGUCAAGAUUACCUCUCAAAGGUUGAUGCUCUGAUGAGGAAAUACCCGCCUCCACCUGAGGAAGAGCUCCACCCAGAGGUCUGUGCUGAGAAGGCCUGGACCCUGAUGAAGUUUGACAAAGAGAAGAAGCUGCAGGCUGCAGAGCUCUUCAAGAAAGCCAUUCAGAAGCAGCCGGACACCCCGGAGUGGCAGAGCAACUAUGUGAUUUUAUCAGCAGAGGCCUUCAAGGAUGACUUAAAGAAACUGUAUGCUGAGAGGUUGGAGAUGCUGAGAUCUGCCAGCAAACAAGAUCCAGAUAACUUAUGUGUUGCUGCUCUUUAUCUGGAAGCUCGAGCUGCAAAAGGAGAACACAUUCAGGAUGAAGCUCGAAGUUUGGCUGAAAAGCUGAAAGAAAGGCCUGCAAGCAGCUAUAAUGGAAUAAACCCAUUACUGCGGCUGUACAGGAAGUUUAAAUCUGAAGUCAAUGCUGAUGAAACUUCAGAAGAAGCCCAGAGACAAACACAAUCCAAAAGAUCUGCUGCAGAGGGUCUCACAAAGAAGAUCUUUUCUAAUAACUACCAACCUGACGAGAUCAACGAAGCAAUCAGACUCUGGAAGGAAGUGAUUGGUGCUGAUCCUAAAUCUAAAUUUGAUCUUCAAGAGAAAACUCUUGAAGAUCAAAUAACCCUGGCAUCCAUAUAUGCAAAGGUUGAAAAAGAGAAAGCUGAUCAGAUUUAUGAAGAACUGCUGAAAAGAGAAGACCUGGAUCCAGCAGGAAAACAGAUACUUUACAACCGUUAUGCAAAACAUUUAUACUUCAUUAGCAACGACAGUCGUAGGUCGACUGAGUUCCACAUGAAGGCAGCAGAGAUUCCAGAAGAAUCAAGGUAUCGACAGAGCAGCAUCAUGGAGCUGAAGAAGACCUCAGGAAGAAACAAAGACCCUGAAAUGUACAGGAGGAUCAAGGAGCUUCUGGCCAGGCUGGGAAAUCAGCCUGAAACCCAGAAUCAGUGAAUGUCUCUGAAAUCACUCUGAUCCAAACAAGUUCUUCAGAUGUUUCACAUUAGCAUAAGUUAUAAGCUCCAUAUUUUAGAGCUCAGAUUCUAGUUUGUUUCCAUAUCCACGCAUUCUUCUUCUUCUGUAACCUGAAAAUUAUGUAAAUAAAAGCUUGAAUUGUC